AUGUUGCAAUUCAAGCACAACACUAAGGUUCACCAUCUUGAAACCAGAGGGACAAAUAUACCAAAGUUUUCCUUCAAUUUUUGUCCAUUUGAUAAUCUACCAGAAAAAGAUACUUUUGCAAAACCACUUCAAGAUAUAAUAGGAGUCAUUAGCCACGUUGGGCCAUUUGAUUAUGCAAGUCAGACGUCUACAAAUAAACUCAGGAAAAUCAAAAUUCGAAACCUAGAUGAACAGACACAAGAAAUACGUCUUUGGGACCACCAUGGUGAAACAUUUUAUGAAGAAGCUGUACUUAAAAAAUCACAAGAAGGAAUUGUAGUUGGCAUUUUUGCGGGUCUCACAGCUGGGAGCUUUCUAGGUAACUGCUCAAAUAUUCUCUCUUAA